UUAUUGUAAUUUAGAUUUGAUCAAUUGAACAAUUAUUGGUUGGAUAGCUGAGUGGUUAUAUUUGUUUAGGUAAUAAUGUACACUUAAAUUUAUGAUAAAUUAUAGAACCGCCAUCUUACCCAAUUACUUUGUUUUGGUUUCAAUCGGGCGAGGGCGCGUAUCUAACUCAUCCAGACAGCUGUCCAGCAGUCCAAACGUAGUUUGGAUCUUACAGUUCUAAACAAAUAUUUUGGUCGAAUUCGUUUGGCUUUCGUUUCGUUGAUUCCAAUCAUCGUCUCUGGGAAUAUCUGGUCGUUCGCUUGCGAUGCCAAACAAUCGUCGAAGGAAAUUAAGUCCAAGGCUCGUGGAUGUUAAAAGAGAUGAACAAAAGGAUGGAUCCCCUCAAACAAGGCAAGUGCCUUCUGAUGCUUCUAUGUGUCAUGGUUCAUAUUCUAAUAGGGACGAUUGUAAUUAUAGUGAAUCUAGUUGUGAUAUAAUGGCAGAUGGCAUAGAAAACCUUGAUUUAGACGUGAAGCAAGCAAAAGGCGUAAGGCCUACGGCGUUUUUCAUAGGUCCAGAGUUACCAAAGGUUGAGUUAAGUUAUUUCGACGGUCAACCAAGAGGUUACUGGAAGUUUUUAAGGGAGUUUGAGACCUACGUGGAAUCAAGGGUCAAGGAUGAUGGUCAACGCUUGCUUUAUUUGAUACAUUAUUGUAAGGGUAAAGCGAAAACAGCCAUUGAGGGUUGUGUUAUGUUGGAAGCCUCUUUUGGUUACAAGAAGGCCAAGGAAAUUCUAAAACGUUUGUUCGGACAGGCGCAUGUAAUCGCUCGGGAGACUUUAGAGGACUUAUUCAAAACUACAAAUGUUGAUUACAGUGAUCCUGAGCAACUAACAAAUCUAGCUAUUAGGAUGGAAAAUUGUUCUAUGGUUUUGAAACAGAUGAAGUAUACUGCCGACUUAAAUUCUCUAAUUACCUUAGAGAGAAUAGUAGGACUCUUACCUCAAGUUAUGCAAGCCCAGUGGGCGGACUGGGUGGAUGAAUUGACUGAAGAUAAUAGAGAACCAACCUUUGACGAGCUUACUCAAUUUAUAGCAUCCCGCGCGAGAGUAGCUAAUAGUAGGUUUGGACGGUUAGCGAAUCGUCCGAGAAAGGGACACAACUUAAAGACAAAUUGUCACUUGCAAUUGGAGCGGGAGAAUAAUUCGAAAGAGAAAGCUAAAUGCAGUGUGUGUUCCUUGGAUCAUGCUAUUUAUAAAUGUCCAAAAUUUUUAGCGCUUACCGUUCAAGAGAGAUGGUCUCACGCGAAGGUUAAUGGCAUCUGUUUUGUCUGCCUUAGGCAAGGGCAUAAAGUUAAUGAAUGUAAGCUGGCAAAACGUUGUAACGUUAAUAGUUGUGAGAAGAAACACCAUUCUUUGCUGCACAGCGAAAAUGAUAAACCUGGUAUCCCGAAUUGUUGUGGAUUUACUAAAUCCCUAAGUAGCCAAGUGUGCUUAGGAAUGAUUCCUGUACGUUUGAUGUUGGGAAAUGCCGAAAUGGUGGGUUAUGCUUUGUUGGAUAACGGGUCUGAUGUAACGUUGAUAAAAUCGAGCUGUUUGAGGUAUCUCGGGUUGAAGGAAGACCGAGCGUCAGUGGUAGUAGAGACUGUGAGUGGUAAUAGGACAAUGACGGUCACAAAGACUCCUUUUGAGGUGUAUUCUUUAGAUCGGUCUGAACAUGUUACGAUCGAAGGGGCUCUGAUUGUCGCAGAUAUACCAGGUCACAAGCCAACAAGGUCGGCAGUGAACAACUUAGUUAAAUGGCCACAUUUAAGGGAUGUACCAAUAGGCAACCUAGACUCUGAAGAAGUUCUGCUGUUGAUUGGUUGCGAUGUACCAGAGGCACACUGGGUGUUAGAACAGCGGUUGGGUGGAAGAAAAGGCCCGUACGCUGUGAAGACGUUGUUGGGGUGGACGGUCUUCGGACCUGCGUCAUAUCCGGAAUACAGGAAAAGAGUUGUCAAUCAUACCAGUAAGAUACAGGCUUUGGAGAACGAAAUACGUAAACUUUAUGCGUCAAAUAGGUCAUGUUACGGUAGAUAGGGGUAUCAAGAAGAGAAUUGACGAACCCGACGCGGAAGUAGAAUUGCACCUGUUCAGUGACGCUUCAGAGAUCGGUUACGGAGCAGUCGCGUACGCUCGAGUCAGUUAUUUGAAGGAACAACCCUACUGUAUUUUGUUAUACAGCAAGUCUAGGGUAGCACCUAUCAAACAGGUCACUAUACCGAGGCUUGAGAUGGCAGCGGCAGUGUUAAGUGUGAGGCUUAGCGAAGUCUUACAGAGAAGUCUGCCUAAUUUUUUCUGUAAGGUAAAUUUCCAUACAGAUUCCAUGGUAGUGUUGUACUACAUCAAGAAUAUCGAGAAUCGCUAUAGCACCUAUAUAGCUAACCGUCUCGCCAUUGUGCAUCAGUAUACGAAGAUUGAACAAUGGAGUUAUGUAAAGUCGUCACAGAAUCCAGCUGACUGGACCUCGAGAGGUAUACAAAAAAUGUCAGAUCUUGAGCUUUGGUUCAAAUGUCCUACCUUACUGCAUGGCGAAUUUUGUACAGCAAUCACUGACUGUCCGGAACCUACUCCUGACGAUAUUGAGUUUAGAAAAACUGCCGUGGUUAACUUGAGUAGUAUAAAGUACAACAUGUCACCUAUUCUCGCUUAUUAUUCUGAGUGGUUGAAAUUAGUCAGGGCCGUAGCCUGGCUUAGAAGGUUCAUAGAAUUUCUGAUGGUGCUUCGUUCACCGAGUCAUGAAGGAUCCGUUCAUCUAGGGUGUUUAAAGGUCAAAGAACUUGACGUCGCCAAGCGUAAAAUUUUGUUGAUGGUUCAAAAAGAAGUGUAUGGAGAAAUACUUAGUGGAUUUAAAACCAAUGGUAAGGUAGUUAGUCACAAUGAUCUGAAGGGCUUAUCACCGAUAAUGCUUGAUGGGUUACUCUGUGUUGGAGGCCGACUAAGCUACUCAGAUUUCUCAAAUGCCUUUAAACAUCCAAUAAUAUUGCCCAGUCGACACUUAGUGACAGAAAUGAUAAUUAGACAUUAUCAUAAGGAACAAGGGCACACAGGAACGUCACAAGUACUGGCCACGAUUCGAAAAAGGUAUUGGAUAAUAAAAGGAACCAGCACGGUUAAGAGAGUGAUAGGAAAGUGUGUGACAUGCCGGCGGUAUACGAUGGUUACAGGGCAACAAUUGAUGGCACCACUUCCAGCUUGUAGAGUGCAACAAGGAUGGUAUAGCUUCUCAGCCGUGGGAGUAGACUACUUUGGACCCCUUUUUGUCAAAAGAGGAAGAUCACUAGAAAAAAGAUAUGGAUGUGUAUUUACUUGCUUGCAAACCCGAGCAGUACAUAUUGAAAUGACACAUAGUUUGAAUACUGAUUCGUUUAUAAUGGCCUUGCUACGUUUCAUUGGAAGAAGAGGGAAACCUGCAGAAAUUUACAGUGACAAUGGGUCGAAUUUCGUGGGUGCGGUCUCUGAACUAAAGAGAUUUGUGCAACAGUUGAAUCAGCAAAGGAUAGACAAGGAACUGUCAGCUAGACAGAUUCAGUGGCAUUUUAACCCGCCCUCAUCCAGCCACAGGGGUGGGGUCUGGGAAAGGAUGAUUAGGUCUAUACGCAGACUGUUAUUGUUGAUAACUAGAGAACAGACUUUAACUGAUGAGACCUUAAGCACUUAUUUGAUUGAAGUUGAAAGGAUAUUGAACGAUCGACCCUUAACUCCAGUCGUCCAAGAUGCUAACGAUCAACUAGCCUUGUCGCCAAACAGCCUGUUAUUAUUGAGAGAAUGUGACGGAAUAGUCGAAGAAGGUAGCAUCAGAGAUAAAUAUGACAAACGAUGGAAACAGGUUAAUCAUCUUGCUAAUGUGUUUUGGAAAAGGUGGUUAAGAGAGUAUUUACCGUCUUUACAGAAGCGUCAAAAGUGGUUAGUUGAACACCGCAAUUUUCAGAAAGGUGAUGUAGUGAUCGUGGCUUCGGACAUAUCGACCCGUGGAAAGUGGCCCUUAGGAGUAGUUGAAGAUUGUAAAAUAGAUGACGACGGAAGAGUUAGAACAGUGGUUGUUCGUACGAACGGUGGAUUAGUCAGAAGAGAUAUACGUAGAUUAUGCCUCCUGGAAGGCUCGAAUUAGUUCCUCGUGUUAUCAAUAUAGGUAGGUCGAGUAGGCGUACUGUUGUAAGUCCUACUCGUUCCUAUAGUGUGAUAUGCUACAUAAUGAACCAUGACCAUAGGCAUCAAGGUAGCUUGUGUGAUAUGGAGGGAUUUUGGGGGCCGGUGUAAGAUCCAUUUUGAAUGUUUUGUGUGUUUGUGAAAAUCCCUCCAUGUAUUUACUUGCACUUUGUUCCUAUUGAUCCUCUUAGUUGUACAUUGUCGUAUUUUGAUUACAUUUGAGUUGUUAAUACUUGUAUUUUUUAUUAUAGUUUUUGUUUUUCUUACGCAUUCACUAAGUUUGUGUUUCUUCCUGAACUGCAUCUGUGUUGUUUUACUUGACACUUGUUCUUGGCGGUAGCCAUAUUGAUUUGUUCCUCCUGUUGUGUGUGAUCUAUCCAGCCAGGAUAGAAUAACGUUGAUUUGUUGUGAUUGGUAAAUUUCUUGCAUCCUUUAUCAACUUUCUUAUUUAUUGUAAUUUAGAUUUGAUCAAUUGAACAAUUAUUGGUUGGAUAGCUGAGUGGUUAUAUUUGUUUAGGUAAUAAUGUACACUUAAAUUUAUGAUAAAUUAUAGAACCGCCAUCUUACCC